GCCUAACUCAUUUUUCACGACGUGUAAAUUUUCUCACGAAAAUAUUUUUAUAGUUUACUGCAGAUUACGCAAAAUUACGUGUUACUUAGAAAUCCAGAUUUAAACAAAGAUGUUCAGUUCAAAGAGUUACCUUGAAAAGAAAACAGGUCCCUAUGGCAUAGGGAGAUUUAGCUACCUCCAGUCACUGGUCAACGAAUAUCAAAACACCGAUGACAUUGAAGCCAAGAAACAGAUAAUGGCAAACCUUGCAAACUUUGCUUAUGAUCCGAUAAAUUACGAACAUUUUAAAACAUUGAAUAUACUAGAUCUCUUUCUUGAUGGUCUGGAGGAAUCCGAUGAAGAACUUGUUGAGUUUGCAGUGGGAGGUGUGUGUAACGCAAGUGCUGAAAAGGAGAACAGGAAGCAUAUAAUUGAUAAUGGAGGUGUUAAAUUGGUGAUAGGAUGCCUGUCGCGGUACUCAGAAGACACAGUUUUAUCUGCUGUCUCAACUUUAAUGUAUCUUGUCACAAAAGAGUCUCAUGCCGAAAUAACGUGCUUGCCCAUAGUAGAGUGCAUGAUGAGGUUAUCACUGUCGAAGAAUGUUAGGUUAAAGAACUUGGCUACUGUUUUUCUUGAAGAUUAUUGUGAUGACACUGUGAUUCAGGAAGCCAGAAUGAUGCAGAAAAAUAAUGGUUAUGUUCCAACAACUUGAUUGUAUCUCUAAUUGUCUAGAGUAUAUAGCAAGAUACAAAUACCCCAAAUAUGGAAAAUGCUUUCCAUUAAAAGCAUGAAAGAUGGUAAAAGAUUUUUGUAUACCAGCAUUUCUUUUAGGAUGACUAGGAGAGAUCAGGAGAAGAUGCAUGAUUUGUCAAUAAAGCAAAGGUCAAGGUCAUGGUGAACAGGACCUUUGAAACAGUUUUUGCUCAACACAAUGACAUUGUCUUAAGAUUUCAAUUUCUAACUCACAAGAAAUUAGAUGAUUAACUUUUAUCAGCAAUAGUCUUACCACAUUGUGUUUUGUGAGCCAAGUUUGCAGUAACUGUUCAUAAUUAUUUAAUAACAAGAGCACUGCAUGUGGUGUUAAGGCUCAUCUGCUACAAUAACCUUUUUUUGAAAAAUUGUAUGCUAAAAAGGGGCAUAACUCUAGAAAUAUUGCUUUCAGAAUUAUGGCUCUUGUCUAACAACUGCACCUUGGCAAGAUAAGCAAGCAUUUUAAGUUCCAUGUUCAUAACUUUUAAGAAUGUUUGAAUACUGUAUUCCUAGAAAAGAUUUUUCAUGCGUUUUAAGGUUAGCGCUUUUCGCGAUAGGCAUGAUUCCGCGAAUCUUUAUAGCCGUGAAUAUGUCACUUAUAACAAAUCCGCGAACAUUCCUAGCUUCAACCAAAUAAAAACAUAAACGUGCAGAAUAUUUAUUAUAAUCUACUUACACAAAAACCAUAUAAACACAGGUGCUAUAGAAAUGUGUAAAGAAUUAUGUAUGUAUGUUAUAGAUACCUGUUUGGACCCUGAAGAAAAUAAAUUGUCAAUUAUUAGUAAUUAUCAUGCUUAUUGACGUUAUUCGGUAGUCACGGCGUAUACAAAAGCAUUUACAGUUUGCGUACAUUGAAUGGCUUGGAUUUUAUUUGCUUGGAGUAGGUGUAAUCUUUUGUUAAAAGUACAAUAGCGAUCAAGUGCUACAUUGAUAAGCAGCUGUUAUGUUGUUAUAAUAAAAGCGAUGUACAGUACGAUACUGUGUAAAAAAACGUAUCGACAUUUUGAAGAUAAAGUCAGUUAUUAUUCAAAUGAGAAUAAAAGCUAACGGGUCUGACUAUAUAUACUGAAUCACUUAAUAAAAAAGUUAAAAAUAAGAUAAAAAUGUUCACGGAACAACUGUCUGUGUUCGAUUAGUCAAUAGAUGAAAAGGUAUUUUCCACAAAAAAAAUAAAAAAUUAAAUGUACCCAACUGGCGAGGAAAUGUAUCAGAAACGUAGCCUCUUUAGGCCGUAGCUACUUAAUGUUCGCAGAAUUCGCGGUUACUACAAAUCCGCGAAAGUUUGUAUCCGCGAAAAUGCCGACGUUGUGAAAAACGCGAAAUAUUGUAUCCGCGAACAUUUCUAGGAAUACAGUAAUAGGCUAGUCAUUAAAAGUUUUGCAUGACUACCACAACAACAACAACCACGACACAGCAAUCAUAAUUGAUAUUUUUAAUGAAACACAAGGUUAUUCUUGCAUAUCAGACCGGGUUAUCAACCAUUUACUCCGGUGCUAGAAAAACUUGUCUUACACGCCCAUGUAAGAUAAGUCGCAUGCUUUAUAUGAUGUCAUUACCGCGCACUUUUUAUAAAUGAACAGCAUACUUACAAUGACGUUAUUUUACAGUUAUGAAUGAAGUUGCAAGUUCAUAUGCUACUAUAAGAAUAAAGAGCGUAAUGAGAAUAUCAGUUUUUUGUAAUUUCUGUUCCGAAAAUAAUUGAUGUAAUAUGCAAGAAAAAGGAAUCGAACACCGGCUGUCCGUACAGAUGGGAAUAUCCAGCUCUUGGGUAACUGUUUAGAGGAAACUCUGCAGAGCCUCGUUACUGCUGUAAACAGUUACCGUCCAGCUAGAUGUUUCUGUCAGUACCGGGAGUCAGUGUAAGGUUCUUAAAAGAUAUACUAAGCAUAAUAGACAAACCCAAAGACAUGGUCUUUAAUAUUGCAUCCUGCAGGCUCCAAUCAUCUAAUGUAAUCUUAAGCAAAGAAGUUGUCAUUAAUUAUUUUGGUCAUAAAAUCAAAGGUUACAUAAUACAAUGACUCUAAAAUAGAUUUUAUUUUUAUGGAUGUGAACAAAUGUUUUGAGACAAACAUACAGAAUAUAAUUGCUGACUUGAUUAGGGUCACUUUAGAAUGCCAAAUACUCCAAGUUCAAAUUUUCAUUAUUUUUGCUCUUCUCUCCCAUUAUAGUGUUGUAGUAUUCUGUAGGUCUGUAGUAUUCUGCCAUGACUUUUAACUGGUUUCAGAUUUAACUGUAAGCAUUCUUGUGAUUGAAUCCAAUUACAGUGUAUUUUAUCCAUGGUUUAUUUCUGUGACAAUACUAUAGCUGUAUAGGGAAAGCAUCAUAUUUUUAUUAUAGUGGUUGCCGACACAAAACUUUGGGUCUGAUAGUCAUUAACUUUGUGUUCCAUCGCUGAUUUAGAAAUUGUUCUAUUGUUUUACCUAUAAUAAUGUCAACACAAUCCCUAACAGUCAGACAUACUUAUCUACACUUUAUUGUAGAGAUAUAGUUAUAGAAUUAUACAAUGAAGUAUCUUUUAGUUUAAUGAUCAUGCACUCUUGCUACAAUAGUAGCUGGUAACUACUGACAAAUAAUUCCAGACAGGAUUAAAUGUAAUAGACUAGAAAUCAUGUUUUAUUUAGUCUGUCACUUAAGGAGAAAUUGGUAAUUACUGGUAAGUUAUCCAGGAAGGCCAUUGGACUGACUGCCAAGUUCUUGACCUCAGCAUAAAAAACAUACAUACUCUGACAGUCUGAAAAAUGUCAGUUGGCAUUUGACUUAAGUGGAAAUUUUAUCCAUACAAAACACUUUAAAACAUUACACAAUUUAUACUUUUUUAUUAGACAUACAAUAAUAAAUAUCUACAUGUAUACUAUUUUCAGUUAAAUAAAGUUUAAAAUAU